CACAACAAAUCUAGGAGCCCUAUCCUCAACCACCAAAAAAGCGACGGGUGAUCCAAAGACAACCUGUCGUCGACAAUUCCCACGCGCCGUUGCCGCUGAUUCCGCCAUCCCCAACAGCAAGUCUUCAUUAGACGAAUUACUCAAAUCAACGAGACAACAUGGAUGCCGCCGGCAAGGUUCCUGUCAAGUACGCGAGAGUGACCAGUGUCCUCGGUCGCACUGGCUCCCGCGGAGGUGUCACUCAGGUCCGCGUCGAAUUCAUGGAUGACUCCCACCGAAGCAUUAUCCGCAACGUCAAGGGCCCAGUCAGAGUCAACGACAUCCUUUGCCUGCUCGAAUCCGAGAGAGAAGCUCGCAGAUUGAGAUAAAUGCCAAAAAACUUGGGGAGCAGCGGGGUUUUGCGGUGUUGGAUUUUCUUUGCUUCGAUAUGAAUACAUCUCUGGCUGCCGAGCGGGAAUGAGGAUAUCCACGAUCGUCCUGUUUACGCUUUCCAUAUUUUGAUGUCUUGACUUGAAUCGCCGACGAUCGGGUCUUGAAAAUGGAAUAUUCUGAGUAGGGAGGUUUGUGGAUGGAGCAAAGAAUCUCGUGUGGAAGAACUAGGCCGAGAUACCAUGGUGGGAAUUAUCUAGCCUCGAUGGUACUUAUUUCAUGAGAUAAUGGUUACGGCUUGAGAUAUUGUUUUCAGCGU